UGGCGUCUAUAGAUGGAAUGGUGGUGGAACUUGCUGAAGAUGGGGGAAAUUCGCCGUCUUCAUGGGGUUCCCAAGGCUCUGAGGCGAGUUCAAUACAAUCUCCAGCAGUCCGGGCGUCACCUCUAAGGAAGGAAUUAGCGAACGGUAGCAACUGGACCGAGCAAGAUCUCAAUAAAUUCGGUAUACAGUACAGCCGGAAAAAACCAGAGGAUAUUUUCGAGAUUAUCAAGCCUUAUAUUCCUUCUACACUUCGUCAGCCCAGCGAAAACCUUUGGGAUAAAAAACUCAACGAUGGUCUCCCUAACCAUUCCACACAUAUCGAACUACUGCAAGAUGGUUACCGAUUGGCACUGGAUUUCGACGUUGACUCUUUCGAGCUCCUGAAACUGAUCGAACUUAGCCAGAAUGCUUGCCAGGCUGAACGCAGUGAGUGAAGCCUUUUUGAUCAGCCAGAGGCUGAUGAAUCAGAUUUCAGAUCACUGAAGCAGAAAGUGUUCUUCAGAGAAAGAGAACUGCAGCUGUUAAUUCUCUGAAGAUAGCGUGGAUUCCAACGUAUGAACGACUAAAGACCUUCCUUAAAACCCUCAAGUCUGUCCUGAAAAAAGCUGUCAACUCGCAAAUAAAUGAAGGUACAUUUGUGGACCUGUUCCAAGUUUUUGCUGGAAUGUUUCUAGUACAAUUUAAGUCACAGAGGUCAAAUGGCAUAAAUCGCCAUUUCAGUAGUGAUUGGAGAGAAAAGGAGUUUUAAGAUGGGUGGAAUGAAUGUGCUUUCCAUAAAUGACCUCCGCUACGAUUAUGAAGAUGAAGUGUUUCACAAACCGACAGUAGUAGUUACUGUUGCAGAGGUGAAGAAAACAGCCCAAAAAUCUAAGAAGAGAAAAAAGGUACCCAAACGAGAGUUUGAUCAGUGUGUUAAGAUACGAAAAAUGGACGGAGGAGAUGAGGUAGCCACUACUGACAUAGGUGACUUGCAUGUCGAUGCUGGUGAUGAUUUUCAUGAUGAAGGUGAUGAUGACAUGGACGAUGAUGUUGAAUUUGGCAGUAAACUGCGUGGACAGCUCGGUAUAGAACUUCUAGCCGACAUUGAACGUUCAUGUCUGAUUAAGGUUGAUAACAAGCCCAUGAUUCUGGGAUUGACUGUUGAAGCCACACUGGUCCGACUAACAUGCUUGGAGAUGGACCUCGAUGACUUGAAGAAAAUGCAAGGCAAACCUCCCGAGGAAAAUCCGACUCAUGUAGCAACCAUCUUCUAUACAAAAGCAUAUGACAUGCUGAAGAGGGAUGAACGUGCACAGUUGAUAUACAUUAUGCGGCACCUGUUGUUCCUCUCAAAUGACAAUGAUGCAAAUCUUUUACCCACUGUUCUCUGAGCAAAUGUUGUGACCAUUUAAUACUAGGGCAAUCAUUUGUCACUUUCUCUUGUCUUCUUCUUCCUUUUGCGAUCUCUACUUUCUCUUUUUAUUGCAAUGGACAGAGUGCAGAACGUAGAAAGUUUGAUACAGCUGUGACAUGCAAACAAUAAUGGUGUAAGUUACGAAGAAUGAUGAUGCUUGGCAACGUGAGCACACUAAAUGGUUUGGUGUUUCAUUGAAUUGGUAAAAGAUCAAUAAAUCAGGUUGACUAAUCCAAUAUGGAAUUAUAUGGAUGGAUUUUUCCCAUUGAGUCUGUCAACUAGCAAACACGCUGGCAGUUCUUACGUAAUGAUGAAUAAUGAGCCAUUAAUUUGCAUGUUAAAGUGACAUGAUGAUUGAAAGAGGUAAGACAUGUAAGAGGAGACAGGUGUGUGGUACAUUGGUAUUACUAAACAUUUACAUUCUACAUGUAUUCAUGGCUUAUGGAAUACCAAAAGGCGUGAUGGCUCAAGAACUUGUACAUGUAUCUUGUCCAAAUUUUUUCCGGUUUAGGGGCCAAAUAAUGCCCCAAUUCUCAGUAGAUGGAGGGAGUGUUACAUUGUAUGUCGAGGCCUUUAUUUUUUUGCUGUUGCUGUUUAAAAUUACUGUUAACAAUUUAUCAGUUACCUGACGAGUACCUCUUAGUCUAACACAUAGCAAUGGUCAAGCAGUUCUAUCAGAUAUCAGUAGCUAAAAAUACUUUUUUCUCUCCAACAUUGGGAUUUUCCCACUUUUACAUUUAUGUGCCUGGUGCCCAUGGCCAGAAGUAAUAACAAAGGUAAAGUGCGUUCCAGUCUUCUUUUCGGGGGUCGCCCAAUAUCGUAUGUAAUUCAAUAAUCUACCAUUUAUUUAUUAUAUUUUGUUGUCAGCCUCUUUCCAUUUUGGUAUUCCUUUGUAAUGACAUUCCACAAUAUCUGCCGAGAAACCAUGAUCCUGGUGCCUGGCAAUCUUUUUUUCUGUUUGCUUCACAACUUGAUUCUUUACAUUUACAGUAACAAAGUGUUUGAUGGUUUUUCAUCAUUGUGCCAUGUCUGUAUAUAUUAGUAGCAGUGUUUCUUUGAGUAUUUCUAUUUCUUUAUUGAAUAAUGAGUAAGUGGCAAAACUAAUCGCCGAAGUGGGCCGAACACACAACUCGGUCCGUCGUUGAAAGCAAGGCCAAUGUAAAUUUUCUUUUAUUUUGGAAAAUAUAACCUGACUUACCUGACAAAUACAUUAGAACAUCCUUGUUGAAUUUGAAAGUUUCGAUAUCUAGCAUGGAAAAUAGUAGUGAAUUAACAGAUCCUAAAACAUUUGAAAUUAACAUUCUGUCAGGAACAUACUUGAUAUAGUGACGUUUUGCUCUACCGUUCCGAGAACCAAUUCACCAGACUGACUGUUAUCAUGGUGUCUCGACUUUUCCUAAUACCGUAUACUUUAUCUGGUCAAUCGAAUGUGAAAAAAAGAGGUCAUUUACCACUAAAAUGUUCCAAAAAUUAACCCUCAUUUAUUCGCGAUGGAGCCACCGGGUUCGUUGGCCUGAUUCUUGGUAUCGGCUUUCGAGAACUGAAAAACCUGCCCUCUUGAUGACGUCAUACACAAAAACUUGUCUUCCUCGGUGAAUUCGUUCUUGAAAAAGGAUUGCGAAAGCUCACUAUAAAUUUGAAUGAUAAACUUCAUUAUAUUUACCUCUAGAACAGAGUGAAUGGUGAUGCUGUGCAUUGUGAAUGUCGUGUCUAAGAUCAGAUGACGAUGCACGACGUCAGUCAUUAUUUCAAGCUGGCUGUGGGUCAGCGCUUCUGUUGUAGGGGUGAAUAUCGUAAAGGUUGUCAAUCAAAUCAAGUAUAUGAGAUGUUUUAGAAUCUGUUUAUUCACUACGAUUCUCCAUGCUAGAUAUUUAAACUAGAUAUUCAUGCUAGAUAUUCUACAAGGAGGUUCUAAUGUAUUGGUCGGAGAAGUUGGGUUAUAUUUUCCAAAAUGAAUGAAAAUUAAUGUUAGCCUCACUUUCGAUGACGUCGUCGAGACUGAGUUGUGAAUCAGGGCCAUGUCGCAGUUAGAUUCCGCACCGGUUCCUCAUAGAGAUACUUGAGGGAUAUUAUAUGUAAUAUGGUGAUCUCUUUUGAAUAGAAGGGUGAAUCGCUCUGUUAUUGUGCUUUUUCCAUUUAAAAAUGUAGAAAAAAUUCAUAUACUCUCUCAAUGUGACCUCCAUGAUGAACUGUUAGUGCAUUGUUUUUCAAAGCCUUGUCUAAAUCUUGCUCUCAUUAUUUAGUGACUAUAUGUUUUUUUUAGUGUCUUGAUAUCCUUGAUUCUGAUGAACUCGCUGCAUUUUUGGAGGAUUUCCAAUUGUUAUUUAUAUUUAACCCUUUAGAUCCUGGGGAUUUUUUAUCGAAAUGUCCGUAUUUCCCUGGAAGAUUUUUGUCUGACGACCUCGCCUCCAACCUCUUUGCAAAAUUUUCCAUCAUUUUGUACGGCAACAUAUGAAAAUCUACCGUGCAUUCAAUGCCACUGGUCUUCUAGAACCUGGAUCCGGGGUAUUAGUUCCACUCUCUAUUCGCAGAUGGAAUUGCGAACGCUCUGAACUACUUGACCUGACCGGGCGGGUGCGGCCGUUCAGGGAAAUGUUGACGAAACACGGCGGCCGUCCAGGAUCUAAAGGGUUAACUACAAUAUUAUAUAAGGAUCUGGAGUGCUUUAAAUUUGAAGAUUUCCUUGCUCCUACCCUAAGUCACAGAACCACAACCCUCCCAAUCCAUACAGCUGCAUUGUUACAAUAAUGUUAUCAGUCUGUUUUCAUCGCUGGUUUGAGACUGUAAACUGUAUCCGUCAUGGUCAGUUCUUCCGUCAUGUCAAGUCAAAACACACCACACACAUUUUUUCCCCUGAUGAUUUCAUUUCAGAAUAGAGCUUGUGCUACAUCUGAUUGAGCCUUGAAGGCAUGAAAGGUAACACUGUAUCCACACUGUAUAUACCUCUUGUCAAAAAAAAACAUUUUAGGGAAGGCCAUUUUUCAAAAAGACUCAUAUAAUGUACUUCGUUUUCCCGUUUGCUGUAGUAUGGCAGUGGUAAUAUCUUGAUUGUCAUUUUGAUCAAUUUCUUUUGCAUUUUAUUUUGUUUGUGAUUCCUUGUGACAGGCACAUGUUUUUAGCUCACCUCUUAGCAGAGGUGAGCUUAUCCCAUACCGUGGCGUCUGUCGUCCGUCGUCGUCGUCGUCGUCGUCCGUCGUCCGUUAGCAGGGCACGUUUCGUAACUGUUAGAGCUAUUGAGUUGAAACUUGGUGGCGCAAUGGCAGAGAGCCGGUCUCAUAACCGGAAGGUCGUGGGUAUGAUUCCCGGCUGAGUCGCCACUUAGAAACUUCCUACUGGUCGAGUUCAAUCGAGCGCUCAGUAGCUGCUCAUUGAAACCCCAGAUUGAUUUCUGUGGAGACCGGGAUGAUAAUAAUGUAGUCCCAAAAGCGCAUUGAGCAGGGAACCUGGAAAUGCGCUAUAUAAGAACUCAAUUAUUAUUAUUAUUAUUAUUAUUAUUAUUAUAUUCAUAAGCACCUAGUCGUGGAGACAUUGCUGGAUUCUCCACUUCAUAAUGGGGACGUCCCACCGGUUGUGGGGCUAAAGGAAAGACCCCACAAAACAUUGUCACCAAAACGCUUCCCUAAGGUCCAAUGCAUGCAAAUUCGGAAUGUCCCCACAAUUUGUCCCAAUGUCCCCACUCCUAUAAGAAGUUUUUGGUGCCCUUUUUUACCACUAGAGAGCAUCACAACUACCCUGACCCAGAUUACCAAUUGUCUUCAAAUUCCCGGUCAUAUAACUGGGCCAGUCCAUGAGAGCAAUGACCUCAUUCCAACUUGAGCUCGAAAUCAGGUCAGUAGCCCAGUGAUGACUCAUGCACAACUUCCAUACAAACCGAUAUGCUUUUUCCUACCAGAACUCGCAUAGGCCUCGUUCAUUUUUGUAAAUAGGCGGUGGUGUAAAAUAGGGUCCAGAGUAGGGAAACAAUGUAGGUCCUCGACGGUUUUAGGCGUGGCCCCGAACCCGGGUUCUGGCCACACAACGCAGUAGUACUAUAACGUGUAGUUUUAUCUUUAGAAUGUUAGAUGCUUAAUUCGAAUGACGUAGUCAUAUCUUGGUCAGUUCAUUUCAACAAAUUUGUGGGUCAGGCCACCCAAUUUACUACCAUUUAUUCUAAGGGACAGCGUAUGCGAGGAAAUAUGUGUUCUUCAAGGUCUCCAACAAAUUCUAUUCUGACUGGUGAACUCAUGGGACGAAUUCCUUACCUAGCCGUGCAUACAUUGAUAUGUAUGACGUUUAUUACACUACUGUCGAAUACGUCUGAA